GAGUACUUAAACCAAAAUCCUCGCCGACCUAGCCCUCUCCUCCGUCGUCCUCUUCCUCCAAACUCCCCCUCGCCCAGCACCCUCUCUGAUCCCAUCGAGGUCUCGAGGUUUAGAUCUAGAGUGGAGGAAGGAAUAGAAAUUUCUCUCUCUAAUUUAGUUUGAUUUGGUCUGGUUUGGUUUCCAUUUUGCUUUGCGUUUUUUUUUUUUUAUUCGAAGAAUGAGAUCUGAGAAACCGGGGAGGAGACCUUGGGAGAUUGUUGAACGGUUUUAAGGAUUUUUUUUCGGGAGAUUUUCUAGGGCUAAAUUUCCGUAGAUGAAGACGGAAAUGGGGACGGGAGUGGGUUCAUCAUUGUGGUCCGACGAGGAACGGGCCAUGGCUGUGGCCGUCCUCGGCAUCCAGGCAGUCGACUACCUCUCCUCCAGCCACGUGUCAUCCGAUGGCAUCUUCGCCGCCGUCGGCGGCCACGCCGACCUCCAGACCAAGCUCCAGGACCUCGUCGACCGCCCCGUCGCGCCCUGGGCCUCCGCGAUCUUCUGGCAGAUCUCGCGAUCCAAGUCCGGCGAUCUCGUCCUCGGCUGGGGCGACGGCCACUGCCGCGAGCUCCGCGACUGCGAGGAGGCCCCCUGCCGCUCCACGGCAGCCCUCGACGACGGCGGCCGCCAGAAGAUGCGAAAGCGGGUGCUCCAGAAGCUCCACGUCCUCUCCGGCGGCGCCGACGAGGAGAUCUACGCGCUCCGGCUCGACCGGGUCACCGACGUGGAGAUGUAUUUCCUGUCAUCCAUGUACUUCUCCUUCCCCCGGGGCGCCGGGGGUCCCGGGAGGGCCCUCGCGUUCGGGGAGCCCAUCUGGGUCUCCGAUCCCAGCCUCCGAUCUCCGGCGUCCGCUGCCGAUUACUGCGUCCGGGCGUUCCUCGCAAGAUCCGCCGGUUUCCGGACCGUCGUGCUCGUGCCGUUCGACACCGGCGUUCUCGAAUUGGCCUCGGUAAAGACCGUGCCGGAGAGCUUCGAGGCCUUGCAGAUGAUAAGGGCCGUGUUCUCUCCCGGCGGGAGCAAUCCCGUCGAGAUGAAAGAUGAGAAUGGCUCGGUUUUCCGUCUUGAGGGCCGGGCGGCAGGGGGGGAAGAGGUGGGGCACCCGAGGAUUUUUGGGAAGGAUUUGAACAUCGGGGGACGAUCUCAGUUCGGCGAGAGGCUCUCGAUGGCAGCCAGAGCAGAAGAGAGGCCUGUGGAGAUCCAACGAAAUGGCAGAAAUCAUCAUCAUCGGAUGGCGCCGGUGCCGGCGCCGGUCUCCAGUGGCAUCGUUAAUGGGCUGAAUUGGAGUCAUACACGUACUCCCCCUACGAAUUCUCACCAGCAGAAGUUUGGUAACGGCGUCGUGGCGAUCGGCGGUGGCAGAGUGGAUCCCUCGCCGAGGGCGUUCGUUCCUCACGGCAACGGGGUGAGGGAGGACCCUCGGACGAACCAGUUCUCGACUCCGAAGCAGCAGCAACCACAGCCCCAGUCGCAGCUGCGGCAAAUUGACUUCAGCGGCGGGGCGACUUCGAGGGCUUCCGGGGCGCUGGUUGCCCGAUUGGGCGUGCUGGAGUCGGAGCAUUCGGAUGUGGAGGCUUCGUGCAAGGAAGAGCGGCCGGUGGCAAUGGACGACCGGAGGCCAAGAAAGAGAGGCCGGAAGCCGGCGAAUGGGAGGGAGGAGCCCCUCAAUCAUGUCGAAGCCGAGCGCCAGAGGAGGGAGAAGCUCAACCAGAGGUUCUACGCUCUCAGAGCCGUGGUGCCGAACAUCUCGAAGAUGGACAAGGCCUCCCUUCUCGGCGAUGCCAUAGCCUACAUUACCGAACUCCAGAAGAAUGUCAAGGAAAUGGAGGCCGAGAGGGAGGAGUGUCCGGAAUCCGCAUUCAUGGGUCGCAAGAGGCGGGCGCAGUGCCCGGAGAUCGAUGUCCAGGCCGCGCACGAUGAGGUGAUCGUCCGAGUGAGCUGCCCGAUGGACACCCAUCCUGUUUCCAAAGUAAUCCAAGUAUUCAAGGAGGCGCAGAUCAAUGUGGUGGAUUCCAAGGUCACGGCGAGCAACGAAGCUGUCUUGCAUACAUUCGUGGUGAAGUCGCCGGGAUCCGAGCAACUGAUGAGGGAUAAGCUGAUCGCCGCGAUAUCUCGCGAGACCACGAGUUCGUCGUAACCAUAUCCAUGGCGACCUGUAGAUGAAGUAGCUGGGUUGGUACUUGGUAGGAAGCACUCCAUAGGCUGCCUCUUUCGGAGGGAGCAUUGCUUGAAUCUUUUCAUGUCGGUAGUAUAUAUAGCACCAUUUCCCCCCGUCUCUUCUGUAAGUCAAUACUCUAAUUCUAUCACCUAAGUUAAAUUUUUGUUCUGUCCUCUGUUAUUGUUUCCUUUGAAUGUUGCUGCUGCUCGAUUCCAGCUCUCUGCAGUUCCAAGCUUGGCAUGGAAUACUAGAUUUUUGGAUUCAAGCUAGCAAUUAUUAUUAUGUUCUUUAGGCAAUUCCUCUUUUUGUUUGGCCGUAAACUUCAGAUGGAAGUCGAAGUAGUUUUUGUGGCUCUGUCCCAGUGGCGGUCUCGAUAGAUUGUACGUCAAGUUUUUAAGAAUUUCAGUAAGCUUCAUGUGAGUCCUAACUGAGUAUAUUUAAACAUUUUACGCCA